AUGGCCUCAACCGAUUGUAACAACGAAAAUGAUGCGCUGGAAGAUGAUCCAUUGACAGAGGAUUUGUUGCCUACUUCGAAUAUAACAUUUGAUAAAGACAAGCAUGUCAUGUAUUUUAAACGAUGUAUGGCUUAUCUUCCUGAGCCAUACACAAAUAACGAUACGAAUAGAAUGACACUUGCCUUCUUCGGUCUUGGCGGAUUAGACCUCUUAAAUAUGAUAGAGACAAUCUACUCAGCAGAACAAAGAGAACAGUGGAUCGACUGGAUAUAUGCGCAACAGAUUCUUCCAGAUAAGGACAAUCCAGGUAAACUCUUGAACACUUUGUUGAGAUCGAAUGUUCCCCGACUAAAAUUCCAAUCUCUUCGACCCUGGUUAGAAUUAAAUCGACAUAUUUGUGGAUUUCGCGGUUCACCGUUCUCAGGGUUACCUUACAGUCGGGAAGGAUGUCGUGAAUCGAGAUUUCCAUUUGACGCAGCUCAUCUAGCAAUGACGUAUACGGCUCUAUGUAGUCUUCUCAUUCUCGGAGAUGAUUUUUCUAGAAUAGAUCGGGGCGCCAUCAUAAAUGGGCUAACUUAUCUACAAAAGGACGAUGGAAGCUUUACUCAGACUUAUCAUGGAAUGGAAUCGGAUAUGAGGUUCUUGUAUUGCGCUUGUGCUAUAUCCUAUAUGCUGAAAGAUUUCAGUGGUAUCAAUAUUGAAAAGUGCGUAGACUACAUAAGGCGGAGCCAGGGAUAUGACUAUGGUAUAGGACAAAAGCCAGGAUUAGAGUCUCAUGGAGGUUCUACGUAUUGCGCAAUAAGUGCGUUGAGUCUGUUGAAUAAGAUAGAUGAAGGACUCAUAUCAAAGGACAGGACAAUAUUUUGGCUGUUGUCACGUCAAGUGUCUGGAUUUCAAGGACGUGCAAACAAACCAGAAGACACAUGUUACUCUUUCUGGAUUGGUGCUUCAUUGAAGCCGUCUUUUGAUUUAAAGAUUUUGGGUGCAUUUGAUUAUAUUGAUAAAGAGGCCAAUCGUCUCUUUCUCUCCACUACCCAGGGUCGUCAGGGGGGUUUCUCAAAAUGGCCCGAUCUGAUACCCGACAUAAUGCAUGCAUACAUGGGAAUUGCAGGCUUGUCGCUAAUGGAUGAGCCGGGAAUGUCUACGCUAGAUUGUGCGCUGAAUAUUUCAAGGAAAGCCCGACAGAAUCUGGAAAAUAGCGUAUUUUGGCAAGGAGAUUAA